ACGGCUCGGGCUGAAGACCAAACAAAGGAGGCCCUACAAAUAGAAACGUCAGCCACUGGGUUGUUGCCUUGAAAUGUCCCUGAAUCCAUUAUAACUCAUAACCCGUUCUCGAUUCUGUCCUCGACCAUUGCUCCUCCCGCCUAUUGUGAAGCAGCCCCAGGAGAAUCACGAUCACACCAUCACUGUCAACGACAGAUCACAGUUAUCAACAUGGAAAAAGGCGAAACACAACCCCAAGCGGCCCCUGCGCCCCAGGACAUCGAGGCCGCCCCCCCGGCAUACGCGCCACGCACGGCUGGAGAACCCGAAGAUGUUAACCAAGCCCCCAGCCAACAACCGGCGCCGGUGAAACAGAUGCCGACAGACUUGAACGCACAGCAGCCGCAGUCCACGGCACCCAUGACGUCACAACAGCCGGUCCUGGGUGUGAUUCCGCUAAACCAGCUUGGGGAGCAGCCGCAGUGGAUCGACUGCCCCUUUUGCCACCAGCGCACCAUGACGAGGGUCAACAAGGAGGGCACAUCGAUGCAAAUUGUCGCCGGCGUCCUCUGCUGUCUGCUGUGCGUCUGUCUGGCCUGUGUCCCCUGCAUGGCCGGCUGGUUCGAGGAAACCAACUACUUUUGCUCGCAGUGCCACAACAAGGUCGCCAUGCGUCCCGAGAAUGGCCCGAUAGUUGUCUACGCCCCAGUUGCCGCAGUGCCGUCCAAGCACGCCCCAGGCCCCGCAGUGCCCUCUAAGCACGCACCGGCGUGAUCUCGUUGGAUGCAAAUGGUUGUGUUGAACCGGGCAUUAAUUGGUUGGCAGGUGGAUGGGUCCGACAUUAUAUCGUCCUUAAUAUCUUGCUUUCAUUUCGUUCGACUUUCAUAUAGGAUACCCAAUGUUGAAGAUUCAUUCCCCCUUUUCCAC